UUAGUGCUUUAAAUUCCUAGACAUCUCUUUCUCAUCUCUCACAUAAGUCGUAAUCUUUUACUACAAUUCAACAUUUAAAAUGACAUCUAAUGCCACCAGAGGACGGUAGAAAGAAAUGGAGAAGUUGAGCAAAAGUUCGAAACAUGUUUCAUUCCCUCUUACUAGGAUUAAAAUGAUAAUGAGAAGUUCACCGGAUGUAUUAAACAUUAGCCCUGAUUCAGUGACACUUAUUUCAAAAGCUGCUGAACUUCUCGUAGAACAUCUAGCCAAAUUAGCCCAUCAUCAGAGCAAAGAUAAAACAAAAGUGGACUAUGAAGAUGUAGCCGAAGUGGUUGCUUCUCACGAGUCGCUUGAUUUCUUGCAAGAUAUUGUUCCUCAAAAAAUUAAAGCUAGUGAAUACCUCAAUAUUUUGAAACAAGUAGAAGAAGAAGAAAAGAAAUUAGAAGUUGAUUUAUGAGAAGUGAAGAGUCACAAUGCUUUUAUAUAUAAUGUUAUUGAUUCAAAGUAACUUUAUGUUGUUAAUAAAUAUUCUAGUCCAAUUAUUAUUGUUUAAACACUGAAUAUAGAACUAAAUACAAGACACUUAACUAUCUUAUCAUAAUUUCACUACAUACUUUUUGUUUUAAUUUAACUUUAUGGGUAUUAUGAAUAUUUUUGGAUAUUUUAUUAGGAACAGCUCAGAAAAACUUAUUUAUUCAUGUUAGAAAGUAUUCCUACUUACAGGAUUUUUAAGAAUCCACUGCUCUAGUUUAUUGGCAAAAACAAGGAUAUUUCAUUAUGAACUUGCUCCAUUUUAUUAUUCACACCAAAUUUCUUAAAAAUUUUGAAAACAGUUCUUUACUUUUAAUGUCUUUGAAUAUUUCAAAAGAUAACCUGUGAACUAAUCAUUACAGAAAUGAACUUUGAGCAGAUAUUGAGCCACAAAAUGACUGGAAACUUUAAUUAUAUGUGUGGCUUACAAGCAUCACAAUUUACAGAUUCUCUUUCAGUAAAAACCACAAAUUGUUUCCUUUUUUCAGUCUUAUUUAACUUAUUUUAACCUACGUGUGUGCUGUAUAAUAAAAUAAAAAGACAAAAGUUCAAGCUUGAAUUUUUAUUUCAGUAAGAACGCUUAGCAAAAAAUAACUGAAUUUUAUAACUUUCUGUCAGACUUCUCAUAGACGAAUUUUAGAUUUUCUGCAUACAUUUCUUUUUAUAUCUGUCUAAAACAGUUCAUAUUGUACAAAAUCCAUCCUACAUUUGUAGAAGUUAGGGAAAAGAUGACUGAAUUAAAAAUGGGGUAAAGAAUCAUUGCUCAACAGUGAAUUUAAUAUCUUGAUGUGUACUGUAAGAAAAUGUAUAUUCUCUGAAGAUUUUUUCUAUGGUAUUUGAAUAGAAAACAUUUAAAUAUUAAAGCUGACUGACAGAGAAAUUAUCUUUUCUUAUGUUUAUUAAAUUAGGCAAAUCAUUAACUUUUGAGUGGCUGUUGUUCCACAAAAUGUGAGCAUAACUAAUUUGAAACAAACAACACAUCUAAAUAGAAAAUUUAUUUUGUGCAAUGUUUUGAGUAGGUGCCCUUCGUCAGGCAGUGAAUACUGUAUUGCAAUGAAACUAGAUUGAGAAAGAAAUGUUGAAGGGUUAGAAAUAUAUUGUACAGUUUAAAAAAGAAAGAAAAGCUAAUUUUUAAUUAUGGCAUACUUACAAAAAUCACAAACUAAACAAAUAUGGAAAAUUUGCAUACAUUAAAACAUACAAGCAGAUAAAUAGAGAAAUUAUACAUGCCAAAAUAAUGGUUAAUUUCUUUAACACAACAAAUAUGUAAAAUUUGUAUGCAUUAAAACACACAAGUAGAUAAAUUGAGAAAUUAUACAUGCUGAAAUAAUGGUUAAUUUCUUUAAAACUACAAACAUGUAAAAUGUGUAUGCAUUAAAACACAUCAAUAGAUAGAGAAAUUCUAUCUGCCAACAUAAUGGUUAGCCUCUUCAGCACUUUCCAUUUUUAUACUAAAGUUUUCUUUGGCAAAGUGCAGAAGAAAAGGCUAAUCUCAUUACAGUUUAAAAUAUUGGAAACCAUACAAUGUCGGGGAUAUUAUUGCAAUAACUCUAUAGUUUAUGAGCAAACACUAACACCUUCCCCAAAAACUUAAGGUUUUUUCAUUGAUUAAAAAGCUUAAUAUUUAUCCAAUCAAAAAUCUGAUGCUUGAAAAUUAGGAAUGGUAUGAAAAUUGAAGAGGAUUUUACAGAAUAUUUGGACCAAACAUUGGAAUUGCCUUUCAUCUAGCUUGUCAAAAGCAGUGAAAUAAAAUUUUUUGUAGUAUUUCAAAUUUGCAUUUUGUAUUCAAUCUAAAUUUGUCACCAGUGUUUUUCUAUUCUUUGAGGUAUUCUGACUUGCAUUUUAUAAUAUCUGAGAUGGUAGAUUUUUCCACUUCAAAUGCAAUACCAAAUUCUUUCAGAGACUGCUUUGAAGAGAUUUGGACUGAUUCAUCACAGCAAUUUAGUUUCAUUCUCAAAGUAUUUAAUACAUGUAUAU